AUGAAAGAGCAGUUCACUCUCAACCAGGGGACCGACCUCCCAGAAGUCACAUACUCAAUUGAAGAGCUCAAUAGAAAUACAACCAAAUCAACUCUAUUCUCUUCCCCCAAGGAAAUAUGGGAAAUAAUAAAAAAUUUACCACCCGGCAAAGCUUCAGGCUGCGACAACAUACCAAAUACUGCACUCAAACACCUCCCAGCCCCUGCUGUUGUUAGUUUAAAUAAUAUUUUCACCGCUUGCCUCAGGCAUUCUCAUUUUCCUAAACCAUGGAAAACUGCUUCAGUAGUUAUGAUCCCCAAACCCUACAAAGAUCACAGUUUAGCAAAUAACUAUAGGCCAAUAUCAUUACUUACUACAAUGUCCAAAGUAUUCGAGAAGGUGCUUCAAAAUCUCCUCACGAAACACAUCAAGCCGAGAGCUGAACAAAAUGCGUUCAGACAUGGUCAUUCGACGACAACCCAACUUUCUAAACUCAUAGACGAUCUGGUAAUCAAUACUAACAACAACAGACACACCGCAGCCAUAUUCCUAGACAUGGAAAAAGCUUUUGACAAAGUUUGGCACGAUGGACUAAUCCACAAACUUCACACAAUGUCUACAGUCCCCACACCUCUAGUAAAAAUCAUACAAUCCUUCUUGUCAGACCGAACCUUCAGAAUCAAGAUCUCUGACCAUACAUCUACAGAAAGAACGAUAGAAGCAGGUGUCCCUCAAGGCUCGUGUCUCUCCCCCCUUCUAUACAGCCAUUAUAUAAACGAUCUCCCAACCACUCCAUAUGUGUCCACGUCCCUAUUCGCUGACGACACGAUGUUUUAUUCCAGCAACACUUCUGAGAAUAUAGCAAUAAUCCGUUUACAGAGACAAGUAACAACAACAACUGACUGGAUUUUAAAAUGGCGUCUUAAACUUAACACCCAGAAAACAGUUUCAGUACUCUUCGGGAGUAGCCGAAAUGCGCCCAAACGCCAAAUCAAAAUUCAAGAUACCCCAAUUACUUGGAAAAACAGCGCUACUUACCUCGGUGUCAUCCUCGACAAACCACUUCGGCUUCACCAACACGUGAAAUCUUGCGUUCACAGGGCCAAACAAACCAGAGAUGCACUAUACCCAAUUUUAAAUAGUAAAUCCCGAAUACCAAUGUCAACCCGUCUCACCAUAUACAGGAUAUACAUAAGGCCAAUUCUUCUAUACGCUGCUACAGCCUGGGGCCCACUAAUAAGCGAGUCAAAUUGGAGGAAUAUCGAGGCUGUCCAAAACGUGGCUAUUCGAACAAUCACUGGUGCCCACUUCCUCACCAGGAACAAUAAAAUUCUCCACCCGCCCAUCAGUUCAAUCCGCAGUGAAGUAGAGAGAGCUACAAAAAUAUUCCUGCAUCGAAACUCUCAAUCGUCAUUCUCUCACAUAAGGGAGCGAGGUACAUUACCCGCCCCUCAAAUAAUUUCACGCCGUCCUCGACUUCUAACAUUUACACAAUAA